AUGCAGGAACGAAAACUACGACCGGGUGAGCUCGUUGGCAUCGGCGCCUUGGCCGGUGUCAUCGAACUCUGCAUUCAACAACCGACAAUUUAUUUCAAGAACCAAAUUCAACGGAGCGCUGAAAUAGUCUUUCGCCCAAGCCACUGGUACAGAGGGCUCUUCGUGAAUGCAGCGAGCAUUGCCCCGAUCACGGGUAUCCAGUUUGCGGGGACCGGCAUUGGUCGCAACUUCUUUGCUGCGCGGCACGCGGACGCUGGCUCCGACACUGGUCUCUCCAAUGGGGAAAAGAUUGCAGCGGCGUGCUUUGGCGGUGCGCUCUCCGCAACGGUAAGUUCGCCCGCGGAACUCGUCAUGAUUCAGCAACAAAAACGCGGGACAACCCUCGUUUCAGAGUUCGUGAACGUUGCUCGGCAGGGGCCGUUCAGACUCUACAAGGGGUUUCUCGCCACCGCUAUUCGAGAGGGUAUCUACACGGGGGGUUAUUUAGGGCUUGCUCCAGUUCUUCGGGCCGAAAUUGAGGCGCGAACAGGUGGACCAGGCGUGGUCGCAUUCGCAUCCAGCGGCAUCAUCGCUGGGGUUGUUGCGGCGUCCGCUUCGCAGUGGGCGGAUACCAUCAAGACCAUCCAGCAGGCAGAUAUUCCCCACCCGGGCGAUCCAAAUGAAACACCGGAUGUCGGGAAGCGUUAUAGAAAUUUCUUCCAAACCGCUCGAAAAGUGUACCAGGAGAAACAAAGUAUCCGCUUCUUUUUUUCGGGACUCGUGCCGCGAGGCAUCCGCACCGUUGGCGCAGUGUUUAUCCUGAACCUGGCGGGCGAUAUGCUGAUUAAAGUGUAUGGCGGGCUUACGAAAACGGUAUUCAUUCCCUGA